UCUUACUUCACAAGUGACAUUCUCUACAGUCAUUGCCCUUUUCGUCCAGGAAGCAGGAGAAUAUUAAUGAGGGCGAUAAACUGAAGGACGCAGACAUGAUUGGUCUAUGUUGUUUAAUUAUUCAUUAUUCAGCGCUGGGGGGAGGAGAUUGGGCGUGGCCUGGCUUUACAAUAAAUGUCGUGACUCGUGAAUUGUAAAAUGUUGCUCAUAAUCUCUCAAUUUAAUGAUUCGCCGUUUGUGUUUCAAAAUGAGCAACCAAGCUGCUGACAUGCCGCAACAAAAAGACUCGAGACGGGUCCCAAAGCCUCUCAUGGAGAAAAGGAGGAGAGAUCGCAUUAAUCAAAGCCUGGAAACAUUGAGGAUACUCCUACUUGAGAACACACACAAUGAGAAACUCAAGAAUCCAAAAGUGGAAAAGGCUGAAAUCCUGGAAAGUGUUGUGCAUUUCCUAAGAGCUGAACAAGGAUCAGAGACUGACCCUCAUCAGAUCAACAGAGGAAAAAGGGGGCGCACAGAAGAGUCUGAUGAAGACCUGAGAUCACCUUGCAAACGUCAGAGCUACCGUAAUGGAAUGAGGACAUGUCUCCUACGAGUCAGCCAUUUCAUUGCAAGCAAGAGCCUUGAGUUUGGGCAGGGAGCAGAGAAAGCAUGUGAAAACCUUCAACACAAACCAAUGGACCGCCCAAUGCAAACACUGUCAACAAUGUCUGCUACACCGCUCCAAAGAGAAACUCAGAUGCAUCUCUAUGAUGAUUCAUCACUACUAGCACAGCAACAUCUCACUCAUGUCCAACUGGGCAAUUCUUGCCCACCGUCUAGCUGUUCAAAACUUGCAAAAAGAACUGUUCUGUCUGUCCCCACUAUGACUUCAAGUUCUAAACAACCUGUAAUGCUGUGUGACCCUGUCUGGAGACCUUGGCCACAAUAG